UGGCAGAUGGUUAAACACGUGGUGCAUCAAUAAAUCUGCUACGUGGAAAUCUAACUGUUUUUUUCUUUCUUUCUUCCCAAACAAAAAAUCUAAAUACAAACGGCGGCGAAGUUUUUAUUUUGUCUGAAGUUUUUCCCCAACCCAGAAACCACGGCGGCGACGGAAUGUAUCGAACGGCGGCGAAGCGAUUAUUGUCCAGUGCAAGGCACUACAACGGAAACUCCGUAUUCCGAUUCCGGCGUCCUCAUGCAUUGAUAACAUCUUCUCGCUUUUCCACAACAGAGAGUCAACCUUUUUCAAAUCCACAAUCUAUCAACGAUCCAAUUCCAAUUCCCCUUUCCACAACCGAAAACCCUAGUUUCUAUGAUUCCACUUCUUCAUCAUCAUCAUCAUCAUCAUCUUCGGAUGAAGAUUCAAAGCGCUUCGAGACUCCGAAAUCAAGAGCUAAGUACGAGGACGAACAUGCUCGAUUGCUUAGCGCAUCACUCACUCACGUCAUGAAGUUGGGAUGGACAGAAGCAGCGCUAGUUGCAGGAGCAAAGGAUGUUGGUCUUUCACCUUCUAUCGUUGGAUCUUUAUCAAGGAAGGAAGCAGCAUUGGUUGAGUUUUUCAUGGAUGACUGCUUACAAAGACUCGUUGAUAGAAUUGACUCAGACGGAAGUUUGAAAACUUUGACACCUAGUGACUGCAUCUCUAUGCUUAUCAGAUUGCGUCUAGAAAUGCAAGCUCCUUACAUAUCAACAUGGCCUCAAGCUCUAAGCAUCCAGGCACAGCCAGCAAAUGUUCCAACGAGUUUUAAGCAGAGGGCAAUGCUUGUGGAUGAGAUAUCGCAUGCUGCUGGUGAUACUGCCUCUGACAUUGAUUGGUACGCCAAGCGCACUGUCCUCGGAGGAAUAUAUUCAACGACGGAGAUUUAUAUGCUGACAGAUGGUUCUGCUGGUUUUCGGGAUACAUGGGCAUUUUUGGAUGCUCGAGUGAAAGAUGCAUUUGAUCUAAAGAAAACCAUUCAAGAGGCACAAUAUUUAGCAGAAGCUGUCAGUGCCGGGCUGGGGAACUCCUUUCAAGGGUUUGUUGGGAAAGUUUUUCGGAGAUGAAUGAAUCAUGGUGGAAAGAUGUGCAUGUUUCAUGCAUUUUUCUCUUUAGUUACUAUAUCUUAUUCAAACAACAACAUUUCUUCAAAAUAAUAUUGUAAACUUGACAGAGAUGAUAAGUUAAGCAGUUACUAUAUUUCAGAUUACUUCAUUUAAGCUCAUAAAAGCUUGUAAAUACCAUCGAAAGUUUAGCACAAGUGAUUGGUGGUAUGUGAGUGUUGUAAACUUUGGGAUAUUGAGUUUGAUUCUCAAUCAUUAAAUUUUUUUGUAAAUAAGAAUUUGAUUGGAUUAUAGAAAUCAAAAAGUAAAAUGAUUUUGCAACAAA